ACAGCAGAGCUCUCACAAGGACUGCAGGGCUUGUGAGCCUUUCUGGAGCAGAAGUUCUCCUCACAGAGAGAGGGACACAGCAGACGCAGGCACCAUGGAGCCCCCGUCAGGUCCUGCAAGCAGGCGGCAUGUGCCCUGGAACAGGCUCCUGCUGGCAGUCUCACUCUUAACUUUCUGGACCCCGCCCACCACUGCCCAGCCUACUAUUGAAACGGUGCCCCCUCUUGCUGCAGAAGGGUCGGAUGUUCUUCUACUUGCCCACAACGUGACAAAGAAUCCUCUAGGCUAUGCCUGGCACAGAGGAGAAAGGGUAGACAAUGCCCAGCUAAUUGCAUCGUAUAGGGUAGGUAAUAAUGCAACUACCAAUGGGCCUGUGUACAGCGGACGGGAGACACUUUACCCCAACGGAACCCUGCUGAUCCGGAACGUCACCCAGAAAGACACAGGAUCGUACACCCUGCUCGUUACAAAGGAGGAUUUACAGACAGAAAGACAGGCUGGACACCUCCACAUACACCCGGUGCUACCGACACCCGUCAUCACCAGCAACAACUCCAACCCCAGGGAGCACGAGGACACUGUGGUGUUAACAUGUGGAGCUGAGACCCAGAACACCUCCUACAUGUGGUGGAUCAACAAUCAGAGCCUCCCCAACAGCACCAGGCUGGAACUGUCCGAGGACAAGAGGACUCUCACUGUGUUCAAUGUGACAAGGAAUGACACAGGACCCUAUGUGUGCGAAGCCCGGAACCCAGUGAGUGUCAGCCGCAGUGACCCAUUCACCCUGAAUGUCCUCUACCCAGUGGCAAAGCCCUCCCUCCAGGCCAGCAACACCACAGUCACAGAACACGAGGGCCCCGUGGUCCUGACCUGCCUCACAGAUGAGACUGGGGUCUCCAUACGCUGGUUCUUCAAAGGCCAGAGUCUCCUCCUCGCACAGAGGAUGACACUGUCCUCAGACAACAGCACCCUCACCAUAGACCCUGUCAGCAGAGAGGACACUGGGGAUUAUCAGUGUGAGGCCUUCAACAGGGGCAACUCCAAUAGAAGCAACCCCCUCAGGCUGCAUGUGAAAUAUCAGUGGACACCAGAAAGCUCCUCUGACUUCUCAGUGGGCGCCAUUGUCGGCAUCGUGAUUGGCGCCGUGGCUGGGGUGGCUUUGAUAGCAGCCCUGGGGUAUUUUGUGUACACCAUGAAUACAAGCGGGGCAAGUGACCAGCGCGAUCUCACAGAGCACAAAUCCUCAGAUCACAACCACAGUCAAGGUUUCUCUGACAGUUUACCUGCAAAGGUUGAUGAAGUUGAAUAUUCCUCCCUGAACUUCAAUGCCCAGGAAUUAAAAAAUAAAGCAACUUCAGCCUCCCCAUCUCCAACAGAUACAGAAACAAUUUAUUCAGAAGUGAAAAAACAGUAAUGGAACCUGUCCUGCUUGUUGCACUGUUGACUUAUUCCAAGCUUCUCAUCCCCAUCUCUAGGAGAUCCCUCUGCCCUCAGGGAAAAUGAGAAGAGAGUCUUCCCCCGACCCCUUCGACCCUUAAUGAGGCUCCUCCAGGCUGCCUGGUCACAGCCCCUUCCUUCAGUGUCAGUAGCUGAAAAGGCACACCCACGAGGAGGUCUGUGAAGUGAAGUGAAGUAGCUCAGUCAUGCCCGACUCUUUGCGACCCCACGGACAGUAGCCUGCACCAAGCUCCUCCAUCUAUGGGAUUUUCUAGGCAAGAGUACUGGAGUGGGUUGCUGUUUCCUUCUCCAGGGAAUCUUCCCAACCCAGGGAUCGAACCCAGGUCUCCCGCAUUGUAGACAGACGCUUUACCAUCUGAGCCACCAGGGAAGUCCCAGGAGGUCUGUAGGAAACCAAAACUUCCUGGUCAUUGAAAUCUAGCAAAGCAGACCUUGGAAGAAAGUUGCCAGAACCCCUGCUGCUCCCCAUUUGCUGACUUAGAUCAGUUGUAAAUUUGUGUAUUCAGAACACAUUCAUUCCUUCCCACCUCAGUCCUGUCCUAUUGGAGUCUAACUUGAAUUUGCCAUAACCUGGAGAAUUAUUUCUUAUCCACUGAAAUGCCUGUGCCAGAAAAGAAGAGCAAGGAGAAGGAAAAGGAAGAGCUUCUGCAUUCUGAAGCCCAGUGUGAACCCACCAUUCACAGGAAGACACAUACAUGACCAGCUCUGAGCUGGGAAGUUCUACACCUUUGUCCACUUUCAGGGUUGUCUACCUGCAGGAUCAGGGACUAAGCAACUUACUACUUAGCUAGAAUACCAUCUAAACCUUUGAAAGCCUGCCUUCAGAGAACGUACUAGAAGCAACUAGAAAACAACUUCUCAGCGUUCAUAAGUGUAUCUUGAUGGAAACUGCAAAAAAAAAAAAAAAGCACAUAAUGUUUUAA